AUGCGCCCCGGCGCAGCGGCUGCCCGCACGUACUUCUACCCAUCACCUGGCGAGACGGGCAUUGGCGGGGAGACGAUGAAGGCGCUUCUGAAGGUCACUCUCGCCAUCAUGGUGUUGGAGGCCUUCGCGAUCAACCGCUUCGUGUUCGAACGCUACAGCACGAAGAGCCAGUACGUCGAGGACUGCUGCGACCUCUGGGAAGACGACGGCACCGUCAUGGAGGGCGAGGAGGCGGUGGCCAACCUCCGCAUCCAGCGCGAGCGUAUCAUGCCAUUUAUGAAUGACAUCAAGGAGAAGCUGGAGGCCGCUGGUGUUGACGCGAGCGCCGAAUGA